AGAGCUAUCGAAACCGAAGCAGAAGACUGCAGCCUUGACAGCUGUUGUGGUGAUGUAAUGUUGCUCCUUUGGUGACUACGGAUGGCGGUGUGUGCCAGGCUCUGCGGAGUGGGGCAGUCACGGAGGUGUCGGAGACGACAGAGGCCAAGUCACCAGGAUCAAAGUGACUCUGAUUUGGAUAUGGACGAGGAAGAAGAGGAAAGAAUCGUCGGUAAACUGAAAGCCGAAGCAGGGAAUGGCUGCCAGGAGAGCCAGGGUGCUGCAAGGCCUAUGGAUCCUGACGCCACAACUGCGCUGUGCAGCGCAAAUGUCAACAGACUUGGAUAUGGGGAAGCAAAUUCUGCUGGUCGACUCAAGCCACAAUCAUUAUUGGAUCUUCCUCCAGAGCUUCUCGUUGAAAUCUUCUCCUCUUUACCCGGCACUGCGCUACCAAAUCUUGCUCUUGUAUGCAAGAAAUUUAGGCAAAUACUCAACACGGAGACCAUUUGGAGAAGGAGAUGCACGAAGGAGUUUGGAAUGAAGGAGGACCUACGCAAGAUGGAGCUGGUGGGUGUGUCCAGCCGUGAGCUUUAUGUCAAGCGUGUGUCGCCACGUGUGAAGUCCGGCCGGUUUAUGAAGCUGCUCCCCGAUUACGAGCACAUGGACUAUCGGGAUGUUUACGCACGCUUGCUGUACCCAUACAGACACAUCCUAGGGCUUUGGCAGCCAGACAUUGGCCCGUACGGUGGACUGCUCAACGUAGUGGUGGAUGGGCUUUUUAUCAUCGGAUGGAUGUACCUGCCCCCUCACGACCCUCGCGUUGAGGACCCCAUGAGACGAAGGCCCCUGUUCCGCAUCCACAUGUGGGAGAGCAGCCGGGCUAGUGUGGAGUGCAUGUAUGGCCACAAGGGGCCACACAAAGGGGACAUACAGAUUGUGAAAAAAGAUGAGUUUUCCACUAAAUGCAAUCAGACUGAUCACCAUCGCAUGCCUGGAGGACGCCAAGAGGAGUUUAGGACCUGGCUGGAGGAGGAGUGGGGGCGGACGCUGGAGGAUAUCUUUCAUGAGCACAUGCAAGAGCUGAUUCUCAUGAAGUUCAUCUACACCAGCCAGUACGAUAAUUGCCUAACAUACCGGCGCAUAUACCUGCCUCCACACCUUUCGUCAGACCUGCUGCCUCCUGGCCUCUUCAAGGGCACUUACGGCAGCCAUGGGCUGGAGAUCAUCAUGCUGAGUUUCCACGGGACCUGCGCCAAAGCCACCAAACUCACAGGGGACCCCAAUGUGCCUGCGGGCCAACUGACCUUGGUGGUGCACCUAAACCGGCCAGUGCGUCUGCCCGACCUGGAGCGGCAGUGCAGUGGGGAUGAGAUCUCGCGGCUGGUGCUGGGCCUCCAUGAGGAGGUGCAGCAGGAGGCGCAGGGCGAGGAGGCCCCGGUGGACGGGCCUGAGGAGAGCCCUGCUGCGGAGGCCCAAGGAGACGAGGCAAUGGCAGUGACCGUGACUGCAGAUGCACCCGGUGCGGAGGCCGCCUCCUCCUCCUCCUCGACCUCGACCUCAGGUGCCAGCAGAGCUGCUGCGGAGGCUCAGCCCUUCGUUUUGCCGCUUGGCGUGAUCGCCCGCAAUGAGGAAUACCCCAGGUCCUGCCGAAUGUGUUUUUACGGGACAGGCCUCAUAGCAGGACACGGCUUCACCAGUCCGGAGCGCACACCCGGCCUGUUCGUCCUGUUCGAUGACAACCGCUUCGGCUUUAUCUGGCUGGAGCUGAAGUCCUUUAGUUUGUAUAGCCGCUUGACCGACCCACUGGCUCAGGCUGUGGCCCCAAGCAUGGAGCGUUUUGAAGCCAUGCUUCAAAACAUGCAGUCCUGGACAUCCUAAUGGCUACACUCUCCUCAGACACUCCUCCGGGCUUCUAUCCCAACAGAACACAUGGCCAACACACUUACACUUGCCUUUACUGCUAUCAUAUUCUGACAUACACACAUAUACAUUCAAACACACACACACAUACACAUACAUCCACACAACCUGAAACCUCCCAGUAGGCACAGCAACACCCACGCACUUCACAAAGGAUAUCUCUAUAGCAGCAUGGCCACACAGGAUGUACUAUACCAAGGCUUUCUUAUCAGCUUUUUAUUAAUUUAUUUUUGUAAACUGGAGACAAUGAUGGUGACAUCACAUCCAUGGACUCUGGAGAAUAAAGACUAUGUGUGCCUCUAAUUCAUGUUAUAAUUAUAUUCAACUCAAGGAAGUAGUUAGGUCCGUGGAUAAAUAAUGCUGUUGAAACCGUCCUGUUCUGCACAGAAUAUUGUUGGGAGUCUUUGAGUUCAAUUAAUCAAAAUAUGUUUAAUCUAAAUUCACUUAUUACAAGUUCUUUGGCAGUAUAAUAAAUUAACUAAGACUCUCUUACUUCUGUAUGUUAUGCUUAACUUAAGUUUUUACUCUUCCCUCUUCCACUACUCUGUUUGUCUGAUGUCUUUAUAUCACAUAUUCUUUCUUUCACUUGGUAUGAGUUGUUACACUGAAGACUAGUGCCCUCUUCCACUGGAACAGUCCGCAGCAGCUGUGUUUGCAGUAUGCUGUAUUGCAAUGUGGAUCAUCUUGACUUGAAACUUGUGAAAUAUUCACCUGCUCUGACCUCAGAUAAAUUAAGUUAAAACACAUGGGACGGCUGGGAUACAAUUUAACCUUUUGGAAAAGUACUAAAGUUGAAGCAAAAGUGAGUUUUUUCCCCAUGAAACUUAACUCAUUUACCUAUUUGUGUUAGGUUUUUCACAUCCACCAGUUUUGAAACCCAUAUUUUGCCUUCAAAACAUAGACUGUGUUACUAUUUAAAUUAUUGACCCCACAAGCACUCCGUCGCUGAAGUCAGCCUGCUCAGUAUGAAUCUCAUGUAUGGCAAAGCAUUUCAGUAGCUGUUGUUAACUUCCUAUAAUCUGACAACAAUAGCAAUGCAUGAAUAUUACCAUGUUUUUUCUGAGGAAAUAUACUUGACAUGUUAUGUAGAACAUUUCAAGGCAUUUUGAUUAUUGAGAUGACUUGGAAGAAAAUGUGCUUAUUUUUGAUUAAAGCUGCUUUAUGUGA